AUGGAGAGCCUUCAACUAUCCCAGGUUCUUGCCGACCUCAGCAAUAUCGGCGCCGCCUCGAUACUAACGUAUCUCGUGUGUCAGGAUCCGGGAGCCGCAGAGGCCAUCGUCAGCGCCAACAACCCCUCCAAUUCUAGUUACACCCGAGUCGAAGUGACUGCAGCUGCAACUGCCCCUACCUCGAGUCCGACUACGAAUCAACAGCGACGUCCCACAGGCUUACAGCGGCAUUGGUCGUCGGAGAAAUUCGACAAAUUUGGCCGCCGCAUUCUCUCUCCCGGUUCCCACUCUGGUUCAGCCGUAAACUCUAGCCCUGGAACUCCUCGCCGAGGCGAAUCUGAUGUGAGGCAACCCCACCAACCGUCGUCUCAAAGGCGAAGCUGGGACUCGGGUACUGACAGAAUUGCUGUACAGUUCGAAGAAGACCUGGAGAGAGCAAGCACACUCAUGCAACUAUACGACAUUCGCUCCAAGAUCAAGCAGCAGGAUAACAGCAGUCUGCUCAGAGCUCGAGAGAAGGUCAACGCGAUAGCAGCGCGACAACAAGCUCAGCAGGCCGCGGAACGCAACAUGAAGGCAGCUGACGAGCUUCGACGACAACGCUACUCUUUCCCAAGAGCCGGUCUCUGA